UGCCAAACAGCUAGGAGUUGAAUGACAAUGACAUUGUCUUUCAUCAACCACUCUCUCUCUUUCCCUCUUCACCUACUACGAGUCCAGUCCUUCAGCUACCUCUCUUGUAUUAAAUCAUUCUACUGGCCCUUUUCUUUAUUAUAUAAUCUUGUUACUUCUAUUUUCUCCAUUUCUCAACCAUCAUAAUGUCAACUUCCUCCAUCAACAACAACAAUGUCAUCACCUGCAAAGCUGCGGUGGCGUGGGGGCCUGAGGAGGCAUUGGUGAUGGAGGAAGUGGAAGUCAGCCCACCUCACCCUUAUGAGAUCAGAAUCAAAGUGGUUUCGACCUCUCUUUGCCGCAGCGAUAUCAGUGCUUGGGAGUCUCAGGCGCUUUUUCCUCGGAUAUUUGGCCAUGAAGCAUCAGGGAUUGUUGAGAGCGUUGGUGAGGAAGUGACUGAAUUUGGAGAGGGGGAUCAUGUGCUCACAGUCUUCACAGGAGAAUGCCAGACUUGCAGACAAUGUACAUCAGGUAAAAGCAACAUGUGCCAAGUACUGGGUCUAGAAAGGAGAGGUGUAAUGCAUAGUGACCAGAGGACUCGCUUCUCAAUUAAAGGGAAGCACGUUUAUCAUUAUUGUGCGGUUUCAAGUUUCAGUGAAUAUACUGUGGUGCACUCUGGGUGUGCUGUCAAAGUUGGCUCAGCUGCACCUUUGGAGAAAAUAUGCCUCCUGAGUUGUGGAGUAGCUGCAGGUCUGGGUGCAGCUUGGAAUGUCGCUGAUAUUUCCAAAGGAUCAACGGUAGUGAUAUUUGGCCUUGGAACUGUAGGCCUUUCUGUUGCACAAGGAGCUAAACUCAGAGGGGCAUCUCAAAUAAUUGGUGUUGACACGAAUCCUGAAAAACAGGAGAAAGUUCUUUUGGUGGGUACAGCAAAAGCUUUUGGAAUAACACAGUAUAUCAACCCAAAUAAAUGUAAUGAACCUAUUCAACAGCUUAUUAAAUGUAUUACCAAUGGAGGGGCAGAUUACUCAUUUGAAUGCGUUGGUGACAGUGGAAUGAUAACUACAGCGUUACAAUGUUGCUGCGAUGGGUGGGGGUUAACAGUUACUCUUGGUGUACCAAAAUUGAAACCUGAAAUAUCUGCUCACUAUGGGCUGUUUUUGAGUGGAAGAACAUUGAAAGGAUCUUUAUUUGGAGGAUGGAAACCUAAAUCAGAUCUUCCUUCACUAGUGGACAUGUAUAUGAAAAAGGAAAUUCAGAUUGAUGAGUUCAUCACACACAAUCUGCCAUUUGAAGAUAUCAACAAAGCAUUCAAUCUCAUGAAAGAAGGGAAAUGUUUACGUUGUGUUAUUCACUUGUCAAAAUAGCUCUCUCUCUCUCUCUCUCUCUCUCCAUGAACUUAGUGAUCUGGAAAGCCAGUGCCUGAAGUUUUCUGGAUUUUAUGGUUUUCUUUUUUUUCUUUUUCUUUACGGAUUCUGGGUACAUGGCUAGACACAGAAAAAUAGAUUGAAAAUGUCCUUACAACUUACAAGUAAUAAAUUAAUUCCAUUUUCUGUUCAAAAACCAAGGGAAUGAGAUAAAAAGAAAAAAGGCCACCAAAGUGUUUGGGCAUGAAUAGGUUGUUCAGAAA